AUGGAUGCCACGGAUUUUGAUGCCUGGCCGUUCGGUCUAACUAUCCUGGCAACGCUAAUGGCCCUGUUUGUUGUCAAAGUCGCCCUCAAUCGACGCCGCACCAACGGCCUGCCCCUACCUCCCGGCCCCCCCGCAGAACCCAUACUCGGCCACCUACGCAUCGUGCCCUCUCACAGCCCAGAGUACACUUACAUGCAAUGGUCUCGCCAGUAUGGAUCAGAUGUGCUCUCUGUCAAUAUACUUGGCCAGCCUGUCAUUGUCCUCAACUCAGUCAAGGCCGCCGUCGACCUUCUUGAUAAGCGAGGCCACAAAUACUCGGACCGGCCGCGCUUUGUGCUUUUUGAGGUAAUGGGAUGGGGCAAGACGCUCACAUUUUUGCGAUGGGGGCCUGAUUUCCGAAAACAUCGACGCAUUCUACAGAAAAGCCUCUCAAAUAGUAGUAUUGUGCAAUACAGACGAAUGCAAGAGCGGGAAACAGCCAUCAUGCUCAAAGGCUUGGCAGCGAAUCCCGCAGAGUGGGAAAAUGUUGUGCGCCGACUAGCUACUGCGAUCGUUCUUGGCAUCGGAUUCGGCAUCACAAUUGACAGCGAUAAGGAUCCGUUUAUUCAAGUGGCUGCAGACGCCAGUUACGCCCUUGGCCACGGAGGCGCCCCAGCCGGCACGCCCGUCGAUUUCUUCCCGAUUCUCCGAUACAUGCCGAGGUGGUUGCACGACAGGUCGCUCAAGUUUGCCAACGAUUGGGCCUGGGCUAUCCGCAAUCUUCACGACAAGCCGUUCGAUGCGGCCGUGUCGACCCGGCGGCGCACAGAGUCCAUAAUCCAGGCUAUGCUGGAUGAGCGACAAGCGCAGCUUGGAAAAGGAGAAACACCAGAGCUAGAACUAGACGAUAUCAAAGGCGCGGCUGGGGCGGUAUUUGCCGCCGGACAGGACACAACAUGGGCGACUAUCAUGGUUUUUGUCAUUAACAUGAUUCUGCACCCAGAGAUUCAAGCCAAGGCGCAACAAACCUUGGACCAAGUUGUGGGACGCAACAGGAUACCGAGUUUCGAGGACAGGCAGAAUCCUGACCUACGCUACAUUGAGUACCUAGUGCAAGAGACACUCAGAUGGUGCCCUGUCUCUCCGAUUGGUAUCCCUCAUCGGUCGAUCGAAGACGAUGUAUACAAUGGCUACUUUAUCCCUGCAGGGUCUUUUGUCUAUGCCAAUGCACGCGCUAUGACUCACGAUCUUGAUAUUUACCUGGACCCUGACGAGUUUGACCCUGAAAGAUAUACGCCUGUGGAAGAAGGCGGUCGCGGCGAGCCAUUUCCAAAUGGCCAAUUUGGAUUUGGCCGGCGCGUCUGUGUCGGCCAGCACCUUGCCAAGGCCACCGUGUGGAUAGUGGUUGCGGGCAUUCUGAGCACGAUGGACGUUAAAAAGCCGCUUGACGACCAAGGGAAUGAAGUGACGCCGAAGGUGGAAUUGACGAAUGGAUUGACCAGCCAACCCGACGGUUUCGACGCGAGGUUUGUACUGCGAGACGACAUGAGCCUUGAUUUAAUACGUGCGCUGUAA